AGUAAUUGCAAAGGGGGAGAUGGAUCUAUCCAUACGUUCCCAUCCCAAAGAAAGAAGCAUGAAGUACCAUCAUUAUUUGCAGGCACAGUAUUAUUUUCCAGAUCAAUGUAAUCAGUUUGUGCAGCUUCUGUACAGUUUUCUCAUCACUUGUGUGUGAAAUUUCUUGGUGUUUGGGAGCAUUCAUCGAUCAGAUAUAUCAUUAUGUUAAUGUUUCAUUUGACCAUUCUAUCAACAAUUCUACAGUAUGUAUAUUUGCUGCCGGUUGACACGAAUAAACAUGAUAAAAAGAGAUCUCUGGACAUUAUCUUGAAGCCUUUCGAUGUCGAAUACAAGCCAAUCGACGUUCCAUCUGAUAUUCCCGUAUCAUUCCAAGAAACGAUACAAUUCUGGAAUUCAUUGUCUGAGGGCCCUUCCAAUCAAGGAAUUGUGCUAGGGAAACCAUUCACCGAUGAAUUCGAAAAUGGACAAUUCGCAUCCGUUUGGAAUGAUCCUGGAGAGUACCCUGAUCCCUAUCUUCUGAGGGGUCUAGCUGCAAAGAGAGCUGCACUCAUUUUAUACAGUAAGGAGCUGUUUUUCAGCGAUUUUCCCCAUGAGAGGGCUCUUUCGAACAACCAAGAGAUGAGAAGACUCAACGGACUACCAGGAAACAAACUGGGGUCUCUACGACCAAAUUCCUUCUUUUCUAGAGGACAUCAUAAUGGUUGAGGUCGACUUACACAAUUUCUACCCCAAGAAGGUGAAAGAAGUUGAUCAAGAACGGAACUUUCGGAUAUAGGAAAUGAAUGAUACUUUCACGAAUCUUUUAUACAGCCAUCUGUUUGAUUGAUUGGAUGAAAAACAUGUAGGGAAAUAAUGUAGUCCAUCCAGAAAUUCUAGUA